AGCGCUGAAAUUCAAAUUUGAACAGUUGUUUUGUUGUGCAGAGAGAAGCAGGAACCGAAAAAAGCGAAGAGAAGCUGAGAGACACACUACCUGCCUCGCCUUAGUCCUGUUUUUGUACACUAAGUGUUUACAACACUUGUAAAAUACAACGUUGAUUUGAUAAUUCUCGAUUCGGGAUAAACUGUCUAAAAUGGAUCCGUUUACUGAGAAACUGUUGGAGCGGACCCGGGCUCGCAGAGAAAACCUGCAGAAGAAAAUGGCGGAGAGACCAAAUGCAGCAAACAGACAGAUGGUCAAGAGGCUCAGAGAGCCGCUGGCUGACACCAACAGUGUGAUGAGUGAGCCAGCCAUUGACAAAGUUCCACAGGUGUCCUCUAAGCCCUCGCCCUCCAAGCGCAGGUGCUCAGAGGAAAAUGUAGCCGGCGCGGAAAACCAGGAGCCAGCGAUGACACGAAAUGGGGCUCCUAUGCUCUCGGAUCCUCCCACAGACAGGAAACCCCCGGCGGGGCCUGCUAGCGUUCGACCUUCCUCCUCCCUGGAAAAGACUGCUAACCGGCAUGUUGUUCAGUCUCAGCCAGGGCAGCAGAAAGUUCCAGAGCCAGAGAAGAUGGCUGUCACCCUUGCUCCUAAUCCUCCAAGCAGCAGAGAAGUAGAGGCAGUGCCUGCCAGCUCAGCCCUACAGAGUAACAAGGAGGAGCUGGUGGAAGACUCGGCUCCAUCUGCUGCUGGCAUGAAGUCUCGUCUGCAGAGGCUGGCACAACAGAGAAAGUAUUGGGAUGGAGAUGACACCCCUGACGCAGUUCCAGACUGCAACCCCCUGUCCCUGAUGCAGAGGCAAGCUGAGGUCACACCAGCUUCUGUCCCCAUCGUUUCCUCGGGAGCUCCGGUAGGGAGAAGAGGCAGACUCGCCAACCUCGCCGCCACCAUCGGAUCCUGGGAAGACGACCUUAGCCAUGCUAAUAUUCCCAACGCAACUGCAAAAGAGAAGCCCGCUGCAGCUGUUCCCAAGUUUCCAGUCCGAGAUGCUCCUGUGGCUGCCAGCACUAAACCAAGUGCUGCAGGCCAUGUGGCAGCCAGUUCAACUGCAAGCUGCAGGUCUACACCCAGCUCUCAGCAGGCUUUGAAUGCUCCAGCGAAGCCGGGCCGAGUGUUUGACCAAAGCCCUCAGGACGCUGACAUUCCUGCAGCCAGACCAGCACUUAAGCCAGUAUCCAGUCCCCAAAAGAGCUCAAUCCAGGGAACAGCCAUCCCCUCCAGUCCCCAGAAGAGCUCCAUCCAGGGAACAGCCAUCCCCUCCAGUCCCCAGAAGAGCUCCAUCCAGGGAACAGCCAUCCCCUCCAGUCCCCAGAAGAGCUCCAUCCAGGGAACAGCCUUCCCCUCCAGUCCCCAGAAGAGCUCCAUCCAGGGAACAGCCUUCCCCUCCAGUCCCCAGAAGGCCGGCCCCUCCUCCCCAGCAUCAGUGCCUCAAAGCCCCAUGAAAAGCCAGGCCCUCUCCAGGGGUCUCAUCUCCACCUCCAGCCCCCACAAGCCAGAACUCCGUGCCAGGCCCACCACUGCCGGCCCCUCUGGUCCUCAGGAAAAGGUCGCUGCUGGAACACCUGGUGUAAAAUCUUUUCUGGAGCGUUUUGGCGAGCGGUGCCAGGAGCGUACCAACCAGAGCUCCCCAGCAGGGGGCCCGACCCAUGCCAAGAGUCCCACUGUAACUCCAUCAGCAGUCACACCAAACACCCGGCUGCUACAGGAGAGGCUCCGAGCUGCCCAGGCUGCAAGCACCACCACCGCUGAUCUCGCCCAAAGACAGAAGCUGGAGCGUGAGUCUGAGCUGGCUCAGAUUCGCAGUCGCUUCCAGAAGGGGAACAAUAUGUGGAAGAACAAAGAUGAAGCGGCACAAACCCACAAAAAUGCAAAUGUCAAGGAACAGCUUGACGAGCCAGUGGAGGCUGAAGUUGCCCCAUGUGAGCCACAGAAUGAACAUGCAGCUCCCUCUACUGAGAGUACAGAUACACCCACAAAGUGCACUCCUCCAGCUGGUCAUAGGUUGAUGGUCUCGCCUCCAACCUCAACAUCCAGUCCUCUGAAGGUGGUCGGCCAUACUGGAGAGAAAACAAGUGAUGAAACCCCAGAAGAAGAUGAGGAGGAGGUGGUCAAAGAGAAAGAGAUGAACGUGGACCAGUCCAUCAACUCUGCAAUUAUCAACGAGCUGUUUGAUGGCGCCCUGGAGCAAAGUGAUGAUGAUGAUGAUGAGGAAGAUGCUUUAAAUAUCUCCUCCAUGUCGCUCCUCACUCCACUAGCAGAGACUGUGGCUGCUGUGGUGAAAAGUCCAGAACGAAGAAUGAUGACAUCGACUCCGGCCACCUCAUUCAUCGUGGAGAGCAACACUCCGGAGAAGGUUUCCAAACCAACCAAGUUCCAGAGAGCUAACGUGAUGAGGGGGGCAUCUUCAGACAGUGUUGAGGCCUUCAGCGAGGACCCCAAAUUGCCUUAUAGCAUUGAUGCAUAUAGGUCCACCAGGGUGAAAGAGACCGAGAGACCCAACACGAAACAGGUGAUUGUGAGAAAGGAGGAUGUUUCUAACAGAGCGGAGGAACCCAGAGGAGCAAGUCUCUUUAGCAUCAAACAGAAGAUGAAGAUUCUGACAAAUGAGCUGAACCUGCAACAGACAGUCAUUCAUCAGGCCAGUCAGGCACUCAACUGCUGCACAGAUGAAGAGCACGGCAAAGGAUCGCAGGUGGAGGCUGAGGCAGAGAGGCUGCUGCUGGUGGCAACGGAGAGGAGGGAAGCGUUGAAGGCGGAGCUGGACCGUCUGAAAGGAGACCCAACAGGCCAGAAAAAGGCCUCUGUGGCCCCAGAACCUAUGAGCAUGGCGGCCUCCAAGGGCUCCGUCACCCUGCAGGAGUUGCGCCUGCCUCUCAAGGCAGACUUUGUUUGCUCCAUUUCCAACAAGCCAGAGGCCACCAAACAUUCGUUCUUCGUAAUGAUUCGGGCUGGAGCAGAGAACACGGUGGCCACGCCCUUAGCCAGCACACACCGCGGCCUCAGUGGGGACACGCUGGCUUUCCCCACCAAGUUCACCAUAUCGGAUGUCUCCAGUGACUUUGGAAUUGAUAUAGAGGUCUAUUGCUUGGUGCAGAAACGGGACGUCUGCAGUGACAAGAAGAAGAAACCAAGCAAGUCAAAGAGAAUAUGGAGACAGGUUCACGAGGCCCAAGAUUUGUGUAUGUCGGCUAUCACUCCAAAGAGAUUCCUCGCCAUCACUAAAAGUGGGCAGACACCAGUUGUGGCCAGUCCAGGAGGCCCCAACGCUGUUCGCACCAGUAACUUCAUCCUGGUCGGAUCACACAAGCUCAGCCUGUCCUCGAUCGGGAAGAACAAAUUUCCUUUGGAAAAGAUCAAAUAUGAAGCAAGGGAAAGAGAACUACUCAGUGACAUGUUUCAUACCAAGGUGCCGUUCCUGUGCCCCCUGGAGGGCCACGUCUACCUCACCAUGCAGUGUGAAGUUGGCUCAAAGGUGGAGGAAAAGGGCUUCCUGACUAUGUUUGAAGAUGUGAGUGGAUUUGGAGCGUGGCACCGGCGGUGGUGUGUCCUGUCGGGGUACUGCAUCUCCUACUGGACCUACCCAGAUGAUGAGAAGCGCAAGAAUCCCAUUGGUUGCAUCAACCUGGCUAACUGCACCAGUAAGAAGGUGGAACCAGCCAACAGAGAGUUUUGUGCCAGACCCAACACGUUUGAGCUGAUCACAGUCCGGCCACAGAGAGAGGAUGACAAAGAAACACUAGUCAGCCAGUGCAAGAACACCAUGUGUGUCACCAAAAACUGGCUGAGUGCAGACACAAAGGACGAGAGGAAUCUGUGGAUGAAGAAAGUGAACCAGAUUGUGGUGGAUCUGCGAAUGUGGCAACCAGACGCCUCCUACAGGCCGCUGUAAUUACUGCACUCUGUCACAACCUGCCCUUCUGUCCUUUGGACUGGCAAUAUCGGGGACGCAUGGCGAAUACAAAGUGCAAUACAGUGUAAGAAUUGUAAAAUAAUUUUGACUUGUGAGAAUUUUCCGAUAGAUUAGUAAGGAAACAUGUUAUAGAUCAGAGAAAAGUAAAUAAAGCCAUACAUUUGAAACAUUUCAGUAUUUUGUGUAGGAGUCGGGGUUUGGCACACGUUUUUUUUUAUACACAGGUAUUUUAGAGGGUUUUUAUGUCAAUGCCAAUAUUAAGUGUUAUUGACACAGUGCAUGGCUUUAAAUGAUUUGGUUUUAAAGCUAAAAUCAAAAUAUAAAUGUUGGAAUUACAGAGAAAUACUCGUUUGAGUCACCAGAGUUCUAUCUUAUGUGCUUGACAGCACAGAACAACACUGAUAAGGUUUUACUUUAUAUAUAUAUAUAUAUAUAUAUAUUAGCUUUUAUAAGUUGCGGCAGGACUUUCACACCUUUUCUUUAUUUUACACAGAUUUCCGAUAGCAGUGAUACCCCAGCUUUUAUUCUUUUUGAAAUGUUUGUUUAGUGUUGUGUAUUGUUUGUUGUUCUGUAAAUGUUAGUGUGGAAGUUUUGGAUAAGUGGGGGGGUAAGGUCUGUUACAUAUUCUGUGCUAAAACCUGACCAAGCACUCAUUUCUAUGAGAAUACAAAAGAAAGAUUGCUUGAUAAGGGUUCCAUUCGGGAUGUAACAGAGGUGUAAACAAAUCAUUUACACAUCUGAAGAUUUUACAGUGUAAUACGCAAAGUUGCCAGUACUCUCUGGAGUACAGCAACACUGCUUGUACAUGACUUAAAACACAUCCUACUGCAGUACAAUACGGGAUCAGCAGAGUAUGUAACAGACUUCCCAGUGACCCUGCAGGGUGUUGGUAAAUGUCAUUUUUCAUCAUGUUGGUAAUGAAUACAAACGACAGCAGAUGGACUGUUUACACAUAACCUUCUCUACAUAUGAGUUCAUCAUGAAGCAUGCGAGUGAGGACUAAUAUGUUAGUGCUUUCACCAGAGAGACAGACUUCAGUCUGUCAGGUAUUUGUACAUCUAUCAAUAAAUGCCUGCAAAAUGAACCAGGUUA